CUGCGCUCGGUUCGUGAACCGACUCUCUGGAUCUCUGUGUGUUCCUGGAUCUCUCUGUUUAUCAGCGCUGGUUCAGCUCGGCCUCGUCCGGCGCCUCCGCGGGUCUCUGCGCUCGGAUCUCCGCUGAGCAGAUGUCUGAGCUGCCCCUGCUCCAGGCCGCGCCGCUCUUUCUGCUCCAGUCCGCCUGUGCAGCGCUGCGGUGAGCCGCCGCUAGAGCCGCUGGGCGCGGGGCCGCGGGCGGAGGAAGCCGCGGGGCUCCGGGGCCGUGAUGGCCGAGGACAGCGAGUGGGUGGUGGAGAGCAUCGCGGGCUACCUCGGCAGUCCGGAGUGGGUGAUCCCAGUCACUGACUUCAUGGAAAACAAGUGCUCAGUGUUUGAUGACGACGAAGAAAAUAAAUUAUCCUACACAGAAAUCCAUCAGCAAUACAAGCAACUGGUAGAGAAGCUGUUAGAAAGCUAUAUGCAAGAAGUGGGCAUUAGUGAGCAGCAGUUUUUGGAGGCAUGCUCAUCUCCCUUUGCCAAGUCAAAAACUUUGCAGACCCUGUUCCAGCCAGUGCUGGCCACAGACGACUUUCAGAUGUUCCGCUCUCUGAUGGUUCAGAAAAACGUGGAGCUCCAGCUUCAGGCCUUGCGGGUCAUAAAGGAGAGAAAUGGUGCAUUACCUGAAUGUCUGACUGACGGUUCGGAUGUAAUGAGUGAGCUGGAGCAGCAGGAGAUGCAGAUUCUGCAGGAGGUUCUCAAGCGGUCAAAGGAGGAGUAUGAGAUGGAGAUGGCUCGCAGAGAGCAGUUUGAGGAGGAGGUGGGCUCUACCUCCACAAGCUUCAAUGAGAGGCCAGUGAGAAACGGCAUUGAACCUCCAGCCCUUGCCCACAGUCCAACCCAGACAGUCAACGGCGUCAGCAAAAUGAACGGUAGUGCUUCAAAGAAAGAAGGGAAGGCAGGAGAUUUGAAGUCUGCGGUCUCUGGAAGCACUGAGAGAACUUCAGGCAAAAUAACUAUCAAACCAUCAGACAAAAGCACUGUGGAGACCAAAACCCUGCCAGCCGUCCGAGCACCAGUCAAAGGCAGUACCUCACAGCCUGUACCCAAGGAGAAGACUUCCAUCCAGGCAGCAGAGAGCUGGCUGGACGAGGCACGGAAGGAAGCUGGCAUUUCCAAACCUUUCAAAGAGUUAACGGUGGCCCAGCAGGAGCAGCUACAGCAGAGAGCAGAAUACCUGAGACAGCAGAGGGACAAACUGCAGGCCUUGAAGAAAGAGCAGAAAGCCAAACCUGUCUCUGCAGAGGAGGCGCCAGCAGCACCUGUCCCAACACCCCCCUCACAGGAGAGUGUGCUGAAAAGGCACGGGGGCAGUGCUGGUGUGAACGCCUCACAGCCUCAGAGCGUCAGCCCUGUGGCUCAGAAGGAAAUCUCUGUGGAGGAGAAGAAGAAGCUGCAGAAGAGAAAACACUUGGCAGAGAAGCUAAAAGAAGAGGUCAUCAAGAAGUAAAGUUCUGAAGCAUUCCCACCUUUAUCCUCUGGAUUGGAGAGAGUUGUACAGUAGCAGUGCUGGACUGAAUUAUAUCCACAGAUGGAUAGACUGCACUGAGCAGUUAAUCACAUUAUGAUAUAUCUUCUUUAAUAAAUGCAAUUUUGUAUAA